AUGGCCGGUGUCAUGGUAGGGUCAAUUGUCUCAGGACAGAUCGGGGAGUGUUAUGGUCGGAAAACGAACAUGUAUCUGUGGAACUUGCUCCUGGCUAUCACUAACAUUGUUGCUGUGUUUUCGUGCAGCUGGAGAAUUUGUCAAAUGUACCCAUUCGAAUUUGCGACUGCAAAAUGGCGAGCAUUUAUAUCUGGGUUCCCGAACUGGAAUGUUGGAUGCGUUACAUUUGAUGUGUGUGUGUAUGUCUUAAAAGACUGGAAGAACAUUCACAUAGCUACCGCGGUGCUUUGUGGGCUGGCCAUGUUACCCAUGGUAUGGGUGCCGGAAAGCCUCAGGUGGUUGGCAGUUCAUGGGAGGGCACAAGAAGCGCAGAAUGUGGCUCCGAAAAUGUGCAGGAUCAACGGAAAACCAAUGCAAGAGAAUGACGUCAUUGACUUCUCUGGGUGUGAGGGAGAUGAAGCGGACAAACACGCUACAUUUAUCCAUAUAUUUCGACGAAGUCUCGUCAGAAAGACCAUACUUUCUUGUUUGAUUUUCUUCUUUUUGUCAAUCAUGUAUUAUGCCAUUGGCUUCGAUAUUGGGUCUCUCUUUGGUGAUUUUUAUCUGAACUUCAUUCUGUACACAGCCAUCAAGAUCCCAGCCUUCCCCAUUGUUCCUCUCCUUGGGAAUGCAUUGGGCAGACGAUUGGGUUCGGUAAUCUUCCUGGCUGCCGCUUUCUUAGCCUCCUUGACUGUUGUAGUUCUCAGCUUCAGCAUACAAGGUGAUUCUUCAGGGAAUAUUAUGACUGCUUUGACUCUUACAACCUCAUUGUUUGUGGGUCUCGGCUGGGAUUUAGUUGUACCGUUUGUCAUAGAACUGUUCCAAACCCGUGUUCGUUCUCUGGCUUUUUCAUUUAGCCUCUCAACUGCCAGAUUUGGCGGCAUUAUGGCUCCUUUUAUACUACCACGCGAUAUGACGAAUAUGUUUGUUUCGUUUCUGGUUUUUGCUGGACUCGCCUUAAUCUGCUGUGUUAUGAUCCUUGCUCUCCCUGAGACGAACAACCGCGGUUUAGAUGACGUCAUGGAAACUGAGGUCCGCAGAGACGAACGUAAGGUGUCCAAUAAAGAAGAAACAUUAAGUAAGGAUCUUCUGGAAAAUACGGGGAUAUCACCUGGAUCACAGCGUUAG